GUGAUUCAUAUGAGGCCACACAGAUCAUGCGGUGAUGGAUGGAGUGGUGAUUGCAAACGAGGUCAUAGACGAAGCAAAAAGGAGGGGACUAAAAAGCUUUUUAUUCAAAGUCGAUUUUGAAAAAGCUUAUGACAAAGUGAGCUGGGAUUUUGUUGACUAUAUGCUUAUGAGGACGGGAUUCACAGUUAAAUGGAGAAAGUGGGUAAGGGAAUGCUUGCAAUUGAGUAUGAUCUCCAUCCUUGUGAAUGGAAGCCCCACAAAGCAAUUCUCGGUCAACAAAGGAAUAAGACAAGGCGAUCCCCUUUCGCCUUUUCUAUUCUUACUAGUGGCAGAAGGUUUGAAUGGGUUAAUGCAAUCUGCGGUGGAGAAAAACUUGUUCAAAGGGGUGAGGAUCGGUAACGGAAAUUUAGCAGUAUCUCAUCUCCAGUUUGCCGAUGAUACAUUAUUCUUCGGGGAGGCUUUGGAUGAAAACAUACAAGUAGUCAAAUGCAUUUUGAGGACUUUCGAACUUGCUUCGGGGUUGAAAAUCAACUUUGGUAAAAGCCAGUUAAUGGAGAUUGGAACUGAGGAGGGCUGGAAGGAGAGAAUGGCUUGGCAAUUGUGCUGCAAAGAAGGAGAUCUACCAUUCAAGUAUCUGGGAAUACCAGUAGGAGGGAAUCACAGAAAGUUAGCAUUAUGGAAGCCAUUGUUGGAGUCUUUCAAGAAGAAAUUAGCUAGCUGGAAAGGCCAAAACUUAUCCCUAGGAGGUCGGAUCACGCUCUUGAACUCGGUGUUGUCCAGUUUACCUGUGUAUCUAAUGUCGGCCUACAAAAUCCCCAAAGAGAAUCAUAACGGCACAUGGCAGUGGAACAUGACAUGGAGAAGGGCCCUGUUUCAGUGGGAGGAGGAGGCUGAAAAGGAACUGCAGAAGACAAUCGAAAAAGUCAAAAUCUCCCCAGGUUGUGCAGAUAAAUGGGAGUGGAUCCACAGCGCAGAUGGACAAUACUCAACGACAACAGCUUAUGCAGUACUAACAAAACAAAGGAAGGAAGACGAUGAGGAGAAAAUAUUCAAGAGAGUAUGGAACCCAACCAUCCCAACAAAAGUAGCUGCAUUCAACUGGAGGGUAUUAAUUGAUAGAAUCCCAACUAGGACUAAUUUGUUCAAACGGGGAAUCAUAAAAGAAUUGGAAGAAAGGAAAUGCGCCUUGUGUAUGGAAGAAGAGGAAGAUGCAAGCCAUUUGUUUUUGAACUGCAGUGUAGCUAAGUGGCUAUGGAAAGCUUGUACAAAGUGGUGGGGAGUCAAAAUAGUCUUACAAAAUGAAUGCUGGCCAACAUUUCAACACUUGGGAGCGUGGACAAAAAAGCCAUACAAAAAGGAAGGCUGGGACUAUAUAUGGAAUGCAAUGUUAUGGACUGUGUGGAUGGCGCGUAACAAAAAGAUUUUCGACAAUGCAGAGGUAAACUUGAUUAAGCUUUUUGAACUUAUUCAAUUAAGGUCUUUUGCUUGGAUUAAAGCUAGGAAACCCAAGUGUUACUUCAAUCUAUCAGACUGAUAUCCCAACUUAAAAGGCAUAGAUUACAUAGUUGAAUAUCCCUGCUGCUUGGUGUCGACACCAAAACCAUGUGUCAACACCACGUCCGUGUCGGGUUCGGAUGCUCAGUCCUUCCGUUUGGUGUCGACACUAAAAUUACGUGUCAACACCAACUCCGUGUCGGGAUUCUGAGCUAAGCCCUCCCGUUUGGUGUCGACACCAAAAUAAUGUGUCGACACUGUAAGCUCUUCACUUCCUCUUCAACCCUUGGCAGGUAUUACUUAUUGCAUUGUUGUAAAUUAAGAGACCUGAAGCUCACAAUAUAACAUAUAUUACCCU